GGCGUCUUCUUUUCUCCUCCGAUCUUUCUUUCUUUUUUCGUUAGAAAAUUUGGUGUUCGUUUCUUAGGCGAUCUAGUUUUCUUUUCUUUGCUUUUGUUUUGGCGGAAUUCUGGAUGGUUUUCUGUUGUCUUUGAAAUUCUUAGGUUACGAGACAUUGUGCUUUGUUUUCAUGAUGGAUUGAUGGAUUUUGAGGACAAUGGCCGGACUCGGGCGCUGGUUUUCUUUUCUUUACUCUUUACGGUGGAGUUGCUGCUUCUUGGAUGGAAAACUUUAUUUCGAGACUGAUAGCUGGUUUCCGUCGGCGAUCUGUGUUUCCAUGGAGUGACUCUUUUUUGGUUUUUUGUUUGACUGGUUUGGUUCUUUAGCUGAAUGGUUUGGAGUCUUUUUGUUCCUUCUGUUUUGGUUGAAUUGGAGAUAUGUUUCUGAUCCUUUUGAUUUUCCUCUAUAAGAGGCUCUGUUUCGAGGUUCUUUGUAUGGGAGCGUUGGUCUUUGUGUCAGUUUUGCUUCAGUUCGAAGUUAUUUUUGUGAUGGAUUCUUGAUUCCUUUUGAAAGGGUUUCUUUAAUGAUUUUAGCUUUUAAUGAGUUGUGGAUGGGAGAAGUUGCGGAAUCGUUUUAUAUAUUAAAAUAAUCUUGGAGUUUCUUGGGGAUUCUUUAGCUAACAGGACUCUUUCUGUUUGUGAAACAGCAAUCUGAGAGAAAAAUGGCUGCUUCUUCCAACCAUCCUAAAAUGAAACGUGAAUUAAGAAUAAGUGACAGUGUGGACGAACUUACCACUGAUUUGGUGGAGUACAUUGCUCAGUUAUCUGAAAAUUCAGUAAAGGAGAAGGGACGCUUCACUAUUGCUCUGUCUGGAAGGUCCCUCAUCGACUUAAUAGGGAAACUCUGUGAAGCUCCUUAUAUCAGGACUGUUGAUUGGAGAAACUGGUAUUUCUUCUGGGCUGACGAGCGUGGAGUGGCAAAGGAUCAUGUUGAUAGCAAUUACAAGCUAACAAAGGAUGGGUUUCUUUCCAGGGUGCCUGUGCCCAGCAAGCAUAUCACCUCCAUCAACGACAGCAUCUCGAUUGGGGAGGCUGCAUUGCGCUACGAAUUUGACAUUCGCCAGCUGGUAAAGGCUCAUAAGAUCGAUGUUGAUGUGGAUGCUGACUGUCCCAAAUUUGAUCUCGUCCUCCUUGAGAUGGGUGCAGAUGGGCAUGUGGCCUCACUGUUCCCUAACAAGGAGGCCCUUCAGGAGAAGACUAAUUGGGUUGUUUACCUCAUCGAUUCCCCCGAGCACCCACCUGAGAGGAUCACUCUUACACUUCCCGUGAUCAACUCAGCAUACAAUGUGCUCAUUGUAGCGACAGGUGAAGAUAAGGCUGAUGCGGUGCACCAGGCAGUUGCUGUCGGUGAGGAUGGGGGUGAUGGCUUUGAUGUCACUUCAUCACCUGCUCAUAUGGUUAAUCCAUCUGACGGCAAGUUGGUGUGGUUCUUGGAUGCUACGGCUGCCUCAAAGCUUUGUCCUCGGGGAUGAUGGUCCAGACUCCAGAGAGUGUCUGACCAAAUGCAGUUGCUGAUCUUCUUUUGCAAUGUUUUGAGUAUCUCUAUGUAAAACAUACGGGAUUUCACGGAUGUUCUUUCAGACUUUCACCGCCUGUCCCUUGACUCUUUUUCCUCUUCUGUGGUCGGUGGGGGAAUUUUGAUUUGUGUGGCCUGAAAGAUAGGGCAUUAAUGUAGGAGAAUAUUAGCAUGGGGCUUUUAAAGCCCUUCUUGGUUCUAAGAAACUGACAGGAAUAUGAUGUAGAGAGAGAGAGAGAGAGCAGAUUUUGUGGUAGAACUCUGAGUGACCAAUUUCUUUCUAACAUGCUGCUACCUAGAGGAGAGAAUCUUGAGAGAGAACAAAUUUUGGACUUUUUGCUCAUCUCUGCCCGGUUGUGAAUUUUUGGGAUACGUCAUUGCCUGCAUUUUUUGGUUUU